UGUGUGCGUGCGUGCGUGCGUGUGCGCGCGUGUGUGUCUGUGUGUGUGUGUGUGAAACUAAUCGUAAGUGUUUCUUAUCGGCCAUCACUGCAGCGAUAAGCCAAAGAGGAUCACUUAGAGAUCCGGAGCAAGGAUGUAUUUUUCCCGCUAACUGUCGACCAUUUCAGAUCUUCCACCGACGGACAGAAGCUCCUGAACGCAUCUCCGACAUCUUGGCUGUUUUUGGGCGAAAAAACAAGAAAAAUCCCUCCCAAAAAAAGCAUCCGUCGUCCCCUCAAAGACCCGGAUCAUACUGGUAGCUCUCCAGGCAACAGCAUCCUAAAGAAGGCGAGAAUAAUAAUGGCAGAGCAUCUGUCCCAGAGUGAGCUGGAUUACCCCUUCAAACUUCUGGAGUAUUUCAACGGAUUCAGGGUCUCAAAGGUGAUUUUCUCGGCCUGUGAGCUGGGUGUGUUCGACCUGCUCCUGAAGGCCCCGGAGCCCGUCAGCGCUCAGCAUGUGGCUCAGGAGCUGAGCUGCAGCGAGGACGGGAUGGAGAGGCUGCUGGACGCCCUGGUGGGCAUCGAGAUCCUGGAGGUGGAGACCAAAGACGGGACAGCUUUGUACAGCAGCAGCGACGUGGCUAAUCUCUACCUCGCCGAAGGAAGCGGGAAGUCUCUCCACGACAUGAUCAUGUACCAAUCACAGACCAUCUACCCGCUGUGGAACAACAUGGCAGACGCCGUCAGAGAGGGGAAGAAUCAGAAUGAAAAGACGUUCGGCCUCCCAUCAGAUAUCUUCAAAGCUUUGUACAGAUCAGAGGAGGAGAUGCUGAAGUUCAUGGGUCUCAUGAACUCCUCGUGGGUGCUCGACGGACACGACAUUGUGACGGCGUUCAACCUCUCCGGCUUUCAGAAGAUUGUAGAUCUUGGAGGAUGCACCGGGGCUCUGGCCCGUGAGAUGGCGAAGGCAUGGCCGUCCUCCUCCGUCACGGUGCUGGACCUCCCGCAGGUCGUUGAGGCGGCGCAGAAGCAUUUCUCUCAAGAGGAAGACGCUGUUGACUUUCAAAGUGGAGACUUCUUCAGCGAUGAGAUCCCUCCGGCUGACCUCUACGUUCUGGCCAGGAUAAUUCAUGACUGGCCUGAAGAGAAGUGCGUCACUCUGCUGAAGAAGAUCCACGACAGCUGCAGACCAGGCGGUGGCGUCCUGCUGGUGGAGGCCCUGCUGUUUGAGAACCGACGGGGGCCGGUCACCGCUCAGAUCUUCUCCCUCAACAUGCUGGUGCAGACGGAGGGCCGGGAGCGACCGCCGUCGGAGUACACCCGCAUCCUCGAGAAGACCGGCUUCCACAACGUGCAGGUGUGCCGGACCGGGAAGUGCUACGACACCAUCCUCGCCACCAGAUGAGCAGGGACAGAAAAGAAAGUUAAACUUGAACUUUUCAAAGACUUUUUAACAUAUAAGCUAUGAAAAAAACCUAAUGUUGCCAGUAUCAGUGCACAUGGAUCUCUAGUUUAUGUGGUGUCAGUGAUUAUUUCUUGAUAUUGUGCGACAGCUUUAUUGUUUUUCUAGGUGAUACAAGCAUUUUCUGUGUUGAGGUUGCUGCUGGAUUUUUGCAACAGAAUGAGGUCGAAACGUUACGUAACGGUCAAUCAAUUCAGGUCAAAGGAUAAGUUGGGAAAUACUGCUGAGAGUAAAAUCAGCCAGUAUCUUGUUACCUUAGCUUAGCAUUAAUGACUGGAAACAGAGGGAAAAGGCUAGCCUGGCUUUGUCCCAAAAAUCCAAACAACUUUUCUAAAGAUUAUAUUAUCCAUUAGGAAGAAUUAGAAGAAAGAAUAGUCAGUAUUUGUAUAUCAUGGAUCUCUAUAAUGAAUCUAAGAAUCUAUUGUAGCCGGUUUUUUUUAGGGUCUAACAACCAUAAAACCCAUUUUUUAAAAAAGCAGUGAAAAGGUUUAACACUGAAUUUUUGGUGCUGAUGGAAAGCUGUGUGUAGUGAUUUUGUGUGUGACUGUGUGUUCCUGGCUUUCUUCCUCCCUGUGAUGAGUUCAGGUACCCUCUCAGGCUGCAUUAGAUCAGAAGGACAACCCGCAGUUUACAACCAUUUUCCUCUACUGGUGUUAAAAGCUAAAUGUUAGUUGGGUAAAGUAGUUUCAGAAAGAAUAUCACUUCUCGAUACCUAUACAUUUUGAUUCUUAUAUCACCUCAGCUUUAAAUACAUAUAGGUUCACAUAAUAAUACAACGUAAGGGAGCAGAUUUUUUUUAUGGAUGGUGUCAAUAUUAAAUACAUGUUUGAUAGCAAAAUAUAAAAACUUUCCUUGUUGGAUUAACACAGUCCUGUAAACUUGUUUUCUGUCCUGGUCAUUCCACAUUUUGACAGCAUGCAUCCUUCACAUUAAAUGUAAAUUCAUGCAUAGUGUGUGUCUUUUGUGUAUAUAUAUAUACACUAAUAUAUAUCAAUAUAUCUUACACUUUCUAUUUCAUAUAUAUAUAUAGUGUUUUUUCAAAGUCUACUGUUCUUUUAGUGUUUAUGUUUGAACAAGUUUACACCAAAGUAAAUUCCUUACGUGAAAACCUAAAAUAGAAAACAAAUGCUGAUUCUUAUUUUAACAGAUAAAAGUGUAUCAUUUCUAAAAACUGUCAAUGGUACAGCUGAGUUAAACAUUUAACAUGCUAAGAAUAAUUGC